AGAGGUGUCAAGUCCAAGUCAAUCAAACGUGAUUGCAAAAAUGGCUACAAAUAAUUAUUUCGGAUUUACUCAUGGAGGAACACAAUAUACGGCCGCAGCCACCGGAGCUGCCUAUCAGACCGGACAAGCAGGGUAUGCUGUAGCAACCCUGCUAGUGCUGCUGCUACAUAUGGAACUAGGGCUACAGGCUACGAGACACCCUACCAAGCUCAACCAACAGCUUAUGCCACUGUGGGUACUGCUGGGGCCACUUCAUAUGACUAUGGUUAUGGUCAGACAGCUGCUGCAGGCUAUACUACUGGAUAUGAUCAAAGUGCUGCUGUAGCUGUAGCUGCAGCUGCCAAGCCUGCCACAUAUGCCACAACAUACAGCACUCAAAGGACUACGCAACCACAAACUGUUCAAGUUUCGGCUACCUCAUAUGUUCAGCCAGUAACACAGACAACAGUAGUAGCAGCUGCUCAAGUGACGACUCAACCGAAAACCACAAUGUAUGUUGCACAACAUGCUGCUCCAAAACCAGCAGGAGGUUGGCAGAAUUUCAGAAAGGCUGGAGUAGGUGUGAAGGGCGUCAGCAGAACCAAAGCCCCUCCCAAACCACAGCAAUUACAUUACUGCGAAGUGUGCAAAAUCAGCUGUGCUGGUCCACAAACAUAUCAGGAACAUUUAGAAGGUCAGAAACACAAGAAACGAGAAGCAGCCUCUAAAAUGGCAGCAUCUGUCACAGUCACAAGUCAAAACAGAUCUGGAAACUCUCUCAGAUGUCAACUAUGUGAUGUGACUUGCACAGGUAAUGAUGCAUAUGCUGCCCAUAUCCGAGGCGCCAAACAUCAAAAAGUACUUCUGCUUCACACAAAACUAGGCAAGCCAAUACCUCCACAAGAACCAGAAGUUUUAGGCGGUAGUAAGAAGUCGAUUUCAUGUGAUUCAAAGAUCAAUUUCGUGCAAGGGGGUGGUCUAGGUUCCACACCACAAGGCAAUGGAGAGGCUUCCAAAGAUGACGAUGAUGAUACUCCGGAAGCUGACGUGCAGCCAGUGGGACAAGAUUAUAUUGAAGAGAUAAAGAGCGAUGAUGGAAAGGUUAUCAGUUUCAAUUGUAAAUUAUGUGAAUGUAGAUUUAGUGAUCCGAAUGCAAAGGAAAUGCACAUGAAAGGUAGACGACAUAGGUUACAAUAUAAGAAAAAAGUAGAUCCCAAUCUAGUAGUGGAUGUAAAGCCUUCGCUUAGACAAAGGAAGAUACAAGAAGAAAAAAUGAGAAGAGCCGCUAUGCGGGAAGAGUUUUGGGCCAGGAGAAAUGAAGAAGGAUACUGGGAUAAUAGGAGAUAUGACGAUGAAUAUAUGGGAAUAGGUCCCUUCCACAGAGGAAGACCAUACCAAAGUGGUCCAUUCUUCGUUGGUAUGCCUCGUAGAACCGAAUCUAGUGAUGACAAACACGUGAUGGCUCGUCAUGCUGAAAUAUAUCCUAAAGAGGACGAACUUCAGUCUAUCGAGUCCAUAGUUUCCAACACCGAACGAGCUCUGAAGAUUGUAUCAGACCAAAUAGCAGACGCCAAGACUCCCGUCAAGAAGUUAGAUCCUGCUGCAGCAGCCGCAGCGGCAGCUGCAGCCGCCGCCAAAGCGGAAUUGGAGGCUAAACAGUCAGAUGUACCGCAGAAAGAAGACGGACGUGAUAACCAACUAUUCACCUUUCAACAAGGCGAUACGACCAGAAUUCUCAAAGGCGUGAUGCGCGUAGGACAUCUCUCAAAAGGAUUGAUUCUCCGCGGCGAAACGAACGUCCAGCUGGUCGUGCUCUGCGCCGACAAACCCACUUUAACGCUCCUAAAGAAGGUGGUCGAACUGCUACCUCCUGCUUUGAAACAGAUCGCUCCUGAAGAAGCUUACAGAGUUGCCAUCAAUGCUCCUGAGGCAGGUUUGAACGUGACCGGCAAGGAUGGCAAUGUUUUGGUACAGUUUACGAGUCCUGUCAUCAGAGAACAGCAAGAAGCUGCAAGCGGUGGGUUCGACCGGGAUGUUCUGUCACGCGGCAAGUGUCUCCAGGCGCUGGCAGCCCUCAGACAUACCAAAUGGUUCCAGGCUAGGGCGUUGGGUCUACACUCCUGUGUGAUCAUUAUAAGAAUUUUGAGAGACUUAUGCGAAAGAGUCCCCACAUGGGCUCCAUUAUCCUCAUGGGCUAUGGAAUUACUAACAGAAAAAGUUAUUUCUUCGGUGCCCGGUAUGUCGCAUUUAUCUCCUGGAGACGCCCUACGUCGAGUUAUGGAAGCCGUUGCCAGCGGUAUUCUUCUGCCCGGAGGUGUAGGUUUAGCUGAUCCUUGCGAAAAAGACUCACCCGACGCCUGUAUAACUUUGUCGGCGCAACAACGCGAAGAUCUCACUUGCUCUGCUCAACAUGCUCUGAGAUUGAUUGCAUUUAGACAAAUUCACAAGGUAUUGGGAGUGGAGCCCAUACCACCACCAAAGAACAUAUAUAAAGAAAGGUUUGGACGUAAACGUCGUGCAGAAGAACAAGAAGGUGAUGGUGGUAAGCAAUUCAAGACCGAGUUGACGGAUAUAAAUUCUGUCAAGUAAGAAACUAGGAAUCUGAUUAGUAUUUUUUUUUUAUAUUCAGAAUUUAAUGUAAACAAAUAGAUAGUUUAUAUUAAUAUUGUACCUAUAACUACUUUCAUAUUAGAAAUUCUGUGAAAAAUCUAGUUUGGGAAAGAUUAAUUGGAAUUUUUUGUAUAAAUGCAUGAAGAAGAGUUUUUCUAUAAUUUUUCAUUUAGAUGGAAUUCUAUUUUGUCCUCAAUGAAUUUGUUUUGUAAGGAUACACUGUAAUUUAAUCUGCCUUUUACUUGGAAUUUAUUCAAGCAAAUAAAAAAUUAACAAGA